UGUGAUAAUGUCAAAUAUAACUCAUAAAUCCUUUGCUCAGCUUAAAAAGGAAGCUAGUAUUGCUUAUGAACCUAAUGGCUUCAGUAUAAAGCAAUGGUUAGCCGUAACUAACAAAUUGUUCGAAGCGGGCAAUGAUUACGAGUCUGACGAAUCUGUAUAUAUAAAUAAUAUUAAAGCUUCAAUUAUCCUACUAGAGAUAGUACCUAAACACAGAGAUUUUGAAAGUAUGAAUUCGAAAAGUUCGAUAGAAUUCACUAAUUUAAAAAAUGAUUUUUCCAAUUUGAAAAAUAAACUUCCACAUGCUAUAGAGAGGGCAGAAAAGGCGGCUAAAACAUUAGAAAAACGAGAAGAAUUUAACAAGAAUAUUGAUCCUUCUUUACAAUCCGGCCUUCCUCGUUCACCUGUUUACAUAGUAUCAGAUAAUAUGAUUGGUAGCAUAUCAUCAGAUAGUUCAAUGUUUCCAAUGAAUCCAUCUAUAGCUGAAAGAGUAGCAAGUUUACGAAACAAUGGUUUAAAUGCCGAUAUGCAUAAAAAUGAUAACAAUUCUUUAGCUGAGGAUACUCAAUUUCAACCGACAAAAUUAUCUAUGCCUAUCCCAAUCCCCACUCCUCCUCCAUCAGUUAGUGAUAAUAGUUCAACAGAGAAUAAAUCAUUAUCUUCAUUUAAUACAUCAUCGUCAGUUGGAUCUAAUUUGCAACAAAUUGAUCCUCUUGCCAAUUAUAAGUUUUCAAAUUUGAUAAGUGCUGGAGAUUUGUAUAAGCUUUUUAAUCAAACUGAUCCACCAAUUCCAAAGAUAUUGAUUUUGGAUGUUAGAUUAAGAAGUGAUUUUGAUGCUGGACAUAUUAAAACGGAUAAUAUUGUUUGUCUGGAACCAAUCGUUUUACCGGAAGGAAUUUCUACCAUAGAUCUCGAAAACAAAUUAAUACUUUCACCAGCGCAAGAACGAGAUCUAUUCAAGAAUAGGGAUAAAUUUGAUUUGGUUGUAUAUUACGAUCAAGAUUCAACCUAUAAUACUUCGUCAAACAAAUUUUCAUCGCCUUCAGUGUCUAAUGGAUGCAAUGACCUUUUGUUACAUUUGAAGAAUGCGAUUUACGUAAAUGAUUAUAAAAAAAAUUUAAAAAGGCCACCUGUUUUACUGAAUGGAGGUUUUGCAGCUUGGAGACGGUUUGCCUCGGACAAAUGGAUUGAAAAAUCUAACACCAACAGUGACAAAUCAAAAAGAAAUGGGGUAGUUAUUUCAGAUAAUAAUCCUACUUCUUGGGCAGAAAACUUUAAUAAUGAAAGGCCUCAUCAUCCUUACAAAAUAAACCAUAUUUAUAGUAAAAUACAAAAUAAUGAACCUAUUAGCCCCGGUAGAGCACCAUAUGUGAGAACCAUGUUUGAAUAUUUUCAACAAGCUCCUGAAAUUCAGUCUAUGACUAAUGCUAAUUACGACCAUUCAAAUAUUUUACAAGAUUAUAAUAAUUAUAAUAAUUAUCAACCAAUUCCUAUGUUAUCAUCGUCACCAAAAUCUUCUCUUUCACAUACAAUUCCGAGUGAAUCAAAAGUUAAUUCCGGCAGUAUCACUAAUUCAGCUAAAUUUGGUGGUAAAUUACAACGUCGUAAAACUAUAUUUGAUAAUCCGUAUUAUAGUUUUAGUAAAGUAGAUAAUCCAGAUUAUGCCUCACUCAAUACACCACCACCACCAAAACCUAAUCGUCAACCUCCACCAAUACCUGCUCCAAGUAAACCAUUACCUCAAGUUCCAGGAUCUAACACAAAUGGACAAAAUAUGCCAAUUCCUUCACCUAGUAAUAAUUAUCCUACACCAAGUUUGUCUGGUCCUGACUUAGGGCAAAUGACUAUGCAACUAGCUCCAAUUUCUGAUAGUAGUUUUUCUCAAUUAGGAUCAGGAAUUGGAUCAACAGGAUUGAAAAAUCUUGGAAACACUUGUUUUAUGAAUUCAGUUAUUCAAUGUUUAAGUGGUACAGUCCCAUUUGCUCGAUACUUUUUAGAUGGUAGUUAUAAACGACAUAUCAACAGAAUUAAUAUUUUGGGAACUAAAGGGGUCUUAGCUGAAUCAUUUGCUACAUUAAUCAAAGUAUUGUGGAGUGAUUCAUAUACAUUUGUUUCUCCUGUUACAUUCAAAGAAGCUAUUGGUCGGUUUGCACCACAAUUUUCUGGUACGGAACAACAAGAUUCGCAAGAAUUUCUUUCGUUUUUAUUGGAUGGUUUACAUGAAGAUUUGAAUAUUAUUAAAGAAAAACCAAAGAUUCUUGAACUAACUCCUCAAGAAGAGGAAGAAAGGGAAUAUUUGCCUUCGCAAAUGGUAUCAGAAAUGGAAUGGGAAAAAUAUUUAAUGCGUAAUUCUUCUGUGGUUGUUAGUUUAUUCCAAGGGCAAUUUCGUAAUAUUUUAAAAUGUUUAACAUGUAAUAAGACAUCUACGACUUAUAAUGUAUUCAUGUGUCUUUCAUUACCAAUUCCUCAUAAUUAUAAUGGAGAAAGAAUAGAUUUAUACCAGUGUCUUAAUGCUUUUGUCAAAGAAGAAAUAUUGGAUGGAGAUGAUGCUUGGAAUUGCCCUCGAUGUAAAUGUCGUAGACGUGCAACUAAACAACUUACGAUUUCAAGAUUACCAGAUGUUUUAUUGAUACAUUUAAAAAGAUUUUCGUUUAAUGGACCAUUUAGAGAUAAAUUGGAAACCAUGGUACAUUUUCCAAUUAGAGAUUUUGAUCUGACACCAUAUAUACCACUCCCUAAAGAACAACAAUCAUCAAUUCAUUAUAAUUCUCAAUAUAAACAAUGUGGACCUUUUAUAUACGAUUUAUUUGCUGUUUCAAAUCAUUACGGAGGUUUAAAUGGUGGUCAUUAUACUGCUUGCGUAAGAAAUGGAUAUAGACAUGAAUGGCAUAACUUUGAUGAUAGUAGAGUAUCUGCAUGUGAUGAAUUUAGUGUUAUGACCCGUGCAGCAUACAAUUUAUUCUAUGUUCGAACAAGAAUUUAAUAUGAUAUCCUUAAAAUGCGAUAAUAUAUGUAUUAGUUUAUAACUUUUAAUGAAUAAUUUACAUGAAAUUAAAUAAUGUACGGACAAUUUCAAUUUUUUUUACUUAAUUAUGUAUUUAUUAACAAAAUGAAUCUAGUUAUUAUCUACUUAUAUAACAAAUGUGUACUAUAAUUUUUCACAAGCUAAAUUUUAAA